GUCAACUAUGAAUCAUUAAGAUUCCUGUGUACGUUUCUGAAGCGAAGUUUCGACGCAUGGAACACGAUCCCACACCCACGGAUCGAUUACCAGUCCAUUAGCUCCCAAUUUUCUAUAAUUGGAGCGCCACACACCCAUUUGAGCUCCAUUUUUCUCGCUUGCGUUUGUAGGAGACCAAGCGACAAUGGCCUUCAAUCAUCUCCUUCGUUCUACUCUUAGGUCUCAGUUUGGUAGCUUUACAAAAGCCGUCACUGCUUCUAGUAGAGCUUCACAGGAACAUGGCAUCCUAGCUCCCUGUCUGUCCCGCUUCUACGGUACAGGGGCUUCAGUUCAAAAAGAUGAUCCAGGGUUUAAGGGGCAUGAUAUGCUUGCACCUUUCACUGCAGGAUGGCAGACCACUGAUGUUCAUCCACUAAUCAUAGAGAAAUCCGAGGGCUCAUAUGUAUAUGACAUUGAUGGAAAGAAGUACCUUGACUCUCUUGCCGGUCUAUGGUGCACAUCCUUAGGGGGAAACGAACCACGACUUGUGGCAGCUGCUACUGCACAAUUGAAUACCUUGCCAUUUUACCACUCCUUUUGGAAUCGUACAACGAGGCCUUCUUUGGAUCUAGCAAAGGAACUCCUUGAAAUGUUUACUGCUAGGAAAAUGGGGAAAGUAUUUUUUGUUAACAGUGGUUCAGAGGCCAAUGAUACUCAGGUCAAGCUGGUAUGGUACUAUAACAAUGCACUUGGAAGACCGAAUAAGAAAAAGUUCAUUGCUCGCUCAAAAGCGUACCAUGGCUCAACAUUAAUAUCAGCCAGUCUUACUGGCCUUCCGGCUUUGCACCAAAAGUUUGACAUUCCAGCUCCAUUUGUUCUGCACACUGAUUGUCCACAUUACUGGCGUUACCAUCUUCCAGGUGAGACAGAGGAAGAGUUCUCAACCAGAUUAGCCAAAAACUUAGAAGACCUUAUACUCAAGGAGGGACCAGAGACGAUUGCUGCGUUCAUCGCUGAACCUGUCAUGGGAGCUGGUGGUGUGAUUCCUCCACCUGCUACUUAUUUUGAAAAGAUCCAAGCUGUGGUCAAGAAGUAUGAUGUACUUUUUAUUGCUGAUGAGGUAAUCUGUGCCUUUGGAAGACUAGGGACAAUGUUUGGAUGCGACAAGUACAAUAUUAAACCAGACCUUGUAUCUCUUGCAAAGGCGCUUUCAUCGGGAUACAUGCCGAUUGGAGCUGUUAUCGUGAGCCCUGAAAUCUCUGAUGUGGUUCACUCUCAAAGCAACAAGCUUGGUUCCUUUGCUCAUGGAUUUACAUAUUCUGGACACCCGGUUUCAUGUGCUGUUGCAAUUGAAACACUCAAGAUCUACAAGGAAAGGAAUAUUGUGGAUAAAGUAAAUAGCAUUUCCUCAAGGUUUCAAGAUGGCCUUAAAGCUUUCUCUGACAGCCCUAUCGUUGGAGAGAUACGAGGGACUGGCUUAAUCUUGGGCACAGAGUUUGUAGACAAUAAAUCACCAAAUGAUCCCUUCCCUCCUGAAUGGGGAGUCGGUGCAUACUUUGGAGCCGAAUGUCAGAAAAAUGGUAUGCUUGUACGUGUUGCAGGGGAUACUAUAAUGAUGUCUCCACCAUUUAUCAUCUCUCCUCAAGAAGUGGAUGAGUUAAUAAGCAUCUAUGGGAAUGCACUAAAGGCUACUGAAGAGAGAGUGAAGGAGCUGAAGGCUCAGAGGUAGCUGCUGCAAAUAAUUACAGCGAACGGGCUGAAGAAACCAGAUCCUGGUCUUGCUUGUUCGAAAGGAACAAAGAAACCCUUGUCCGUGAUGGUCAAAUGCUUUGAUGGUGGUGAAAGGUUGAUCGGCUUGUGUCUUGUACAGAAUACAUGAAUGAUAGUCUGUAAUCUUGUCCCACACCAAUUUGUAAGUUAAAAUAAAGCCCUGGAUGCUGUUGAGAAAUGUCACUCAACUACUAGAUUCUUAAGAUUGUCUCUGAAUGAAAACAAGUUCAUAUGGGUUUCAAAGUUAAAUUUGCUCUUUC